CCUUCUUCUAUUUUAUUUUCCCAAAUGAUCGUUUUUCUGCAACAUAUUCUAAGAAAAUUGAUAAGAGUAAUUUUAGUAUGAAAUGAUCAAAUACAAAUGAUUUGCUGAAAUUUUGACCCAUGAUAAUUGGCGGGUUGAUUCAAAGCAUUCCAUAAGGUAAAAUUUAAUCUUCGUUCAGUCUUUAUAUAUGUGCACGCCAUCUGUUUGAUAAAAUUCCUCAGUUGAAAUUAUGAUGACAGAAAUGAAAUUAUUAAAAGGGCACAUGGAAUCUUUGGAUAGGAUAUCAGAACUCCCAGAAUUUAUCCUUCAUUUGAUUCUCUCAUUUCUUAAAACUGAAGAAGCUUGUAGGACUAGCAUACUGUCUAAACAAUGGUAUAAUGCUUGGGCUUCAAUGCCAAUUUUGGAUUUUGAGCCUCAGUAUAGAAGUAAAUGGUAUUACGUCGAAUUGUGUGAUGAGAAAACAGUUCAGAGUUAUGUGAAAUUCAUAGAUAAAACUAUGCGGAGAUACUCUGAGCAAAAGUAUUUCAUUAAGAAAUUCCGCCUCGACUUCCCCAAAUUCGAUGAAAAGGUAGCACCAUUUAUUGAUAAAUGGGUGGAAAUCGCGGUGGAAAACAAAGUCGAGGAGAUUGAUCUCAAGAUAAUUCUCCCAGAGUUGCCGAAAUAUAGGUUGCCCGAGACUGUAUUUUGUGCUAAAUCAUUGAAAUUGUUGAAUUCUUCCAAUGUAGUACUUCCAUAUCAUGGGACUAUGAAGCUUCAUUCACUUAAGUGUUUGAAGUUGAAUAAUGCAACAAUAGAUGAGUCUAUGCUUCAGCGUAUCAUCUCGUUAUGUCCCUUGAUUAACUUGAAGCUUCGAUUUUGUUAUGGCCUCAAGAGUAUUUCAAUUCCUUGGACAAAAAAUAACUUGCAUGAGUCAGGUAAAUCUUUGGAUCACACGAGGUUGCAGUUUGACGUCAAAGCAUCAGCUCUGCAAGACUUUAUCUACUGGAAUGAGGUUUCUUGGCCUUGUGAGAUGAAUGUGUAUGCACUGCGAAACUUGAGAAAAUUAGAGAUAUGCUUUGCACCCGUUACCGAUGACAUUGUUUCUUUUCUGGCAUCCAAACUUUUAUCAUUAGAUAGUUUAACGCUUUCUUCAUGCACUAUGCUAAAGAAUAUUGAGAUCUCAAGUAAACAGCUGAAGAAAUUCGUGAUUGUCGAGUGUGAUGAGUUAGAGAAGGCUACAAUUGACGCUCCAAACUUGCUUUCAUUUGUGUACAAUGGCCAACCAGAGCCUUGUUUAUCUAUAAUAAAUGCCCAAGUUAACUGUGAUGGUCACUUAUAUGUGUUGGUAGAAUCUAUUAGCAUCAAAUGGUUCAUUUCACUGAAGGAGUUUCUCACUAAAUCUAAGAUAUUCAAGGUUAUGGAGUUGAACUUAUCAGAAUGUACAUCUCAGAUCGAGCUUGCAGAGGAUAAACUGAAACUUGUUGGACCACCUUACAAACUCAGAGAGUUGAAGUUACACGAAACGUCCUAUUGGAUGCUCACUAAAUCUUCUCUUUCAGCAUUUUUGGAUGGUCUAUUUUGGAGUUGCCAUCCUGAUGUUCUGACUGUGCAAACAACAAUUAAUUUCCAGACUGAGACUGUUGAGUUGCUCUUGGAGGCACUGAAGGACAAAGUGAAAUGUUGGAGACAUGCCUUGAAACACAUUGAAGCUGAAGAGGUGGAUUUCUCUGGGUUACUCUCUUGUUCUGAGUUGGAAAUCAGGUUCAGACUAUACUGGUAGCCGUCUCAGACUUGUGUGAAAGCUUAGAAUUGGUUUGAUCUCGAUGCAUUCUAAAACAUUCUUCUUUUGCCAGAAGCAUUGUGAUUAGGUUCUUCCUUCAUGUUUUAAGUGCUCACAAGAUACAUGGUAUACUGAGAACUACCAUGGUGACUACUGACUAGAUAGGUUCUUUUUGAAUGAUAAAUUUUUAGUCUACAAAGAAUUAGGGUUGGUUCAAGUGGUGAGCUUUUCCAUCUUCCCUAGCAAGAUCUAGGGUUCAAUUUCCACCCCAUGCAUUUGCUUGGGAUUUAAGGGGGUUGGGGGGUGUCUGGCUUGUAAUUGGCCUCUGGGUAGGGGCCCUGUGUGAAGGUAGUCCAGAGGAAUUUUUCUUACCAAUUUUUUUUUAAAAAAUCUCUAGUCCAUAGUAUUAAAGUUCUACCUAUAAUUAUUCUGUAUUAGUACGAAAAUAUGAAACUUA